AACACCUUUUCAAAGUUUUUUUGGGGUGGCCUGCGUAAUUUCUUCUUGCCCGAUCUCGUGUCGAAGCAAAGGUCGACUUAUAUCACAAUUAUUUUUCCUUUUUUGAAUUAACGCUCGUUUAUUCCACCGUUAUUUGAAACCAUGCCGACUGCCGCUUUACCAAAGGAAGCACCACACCAGGAAGAGGUUAAUGGUGUCAAUGCCGUACUGUUGGGCCCUCCAGGUUCGGGCAAGGGCACUCAGGCACCCUUAUUGAAAAAAAAAUUUUGCGUUUGCCACCUCUCGACUGGUGACAUGUUGCGGGCCGAGAUCCAGUCAGGAUCUGUGUUGGGUAGUAAACUGAAGAAGGUAAUGGACGAGGGCAAGCUGGUCAGUGAUGAAUUGGUUGUGAAUAUGAUAGACAGUAAUUUAGACAAACCCGAGUGUGCAAAUGGCUUUCUUUUGGAUGGAUUUCCACGUACGGUCGUCCAAGCAGAAAAGCUGGACGAAUUACUUGAAAAAAGGCGUACAAACCUAGAUGCGGUGAUAGAAUUCGGUAUUAACGAUAACCUUUUGGUACGUCGUAUUACUGGGCGUCUAAUUCACCCGGCGAGCGGCCGUUCGUAUCAUGAGGACUUUGCUCCGCCAAAAAAAUCUAUGACUGACGACAUUACUGGCGAGCCUUUAAUAAGGAGAUCGGACGAUAAUCCGGAAGCGUUGAAGAAGAGACUGGAGGCGUACCAUAAACAGACUCAACCACUGGUGGAUUACUAUCAAUUGCGUGGUUUGCAUCAUCGUGUCGAUGCAUCGAAAGCCGCUUUUGAUGUGUUUGAUAGUAUCGACAGUAUUUUCUUGAAAGCUAGUGAAAAGAAGCAUAAAUUACGUAUUUAAAGAGCGCCUAUUUUGAAAAUCAUUCGAACUUUUUAUAUGUAUUGUGUUAUUUGAUUUAGGAAAUACGGAAUAUUCCUCUAAAUCUUAGCCCAUGUUGACUCACUAUUAAGCAUGAUUUGGUCUGUGGCCAACUUAUGGCAAUGGAAAAUGAAUGCUUUCACAGUUAUUGUGGAGUUUAAAUUAUAUCACAGAGGUCUUCUAUAACAAUUUUUUUCACUGCCAUCUUGCCCUUCAUCCUCCAAUGUUUACUUGAAGUCAAUAUUUGCCAAUCUGGAUUAUGAAUGUAUCAUAUGGUAAUGCCUACCUCUUUUAUUUAACUAUAUAAAUCUUUUUAUUUUGUGAUGAAAACUUGUAUAUAUGUGUAUAAAGAGAAGGUGCUUAACGGAAAUUUUAUAGUAGUUUCGUUGCAUUUCUGUUAAGUUUUUAAAUUCUAUUUUUGCGAUUGAAAAUGAAACUUGCCACAUACAAUCAAAAACCUGUUGUACUUUAUACUUGUACUUCCCGUUUUUAAUUUGUGUCUAUUGGCCUUUUUCUUUGUACCACAUUCAUGACGUUAAUAACAAUGUAUGUAGCUGAUUGGGAAGUAAUGCUCGUAAAAAUUGCCUGAUGUAUCAGAGGUAAACAUACUGUACUUAAGUACAAUUAAAAACAUAUCUUCCAGAUUAAAUUAAAUGUUUAUAGAUUUGAACAUGUAACUUUUGCAAAGAUUUAUUUUCUACAAUGUGAAUUAUUGUUUACAAACAUUCUUGUAAUAUUACUAAAAACAUGUAAAUUGUGAUCAGUUUAGGUACUACAGUUAACAACUUGUCUUAACACUGCACCUCAUUAAGCUACAUCUAGUAAAUUUUAUGGAGGGUUUAUGCAGUUAUUUACGUAAACAGAUUUUGCUGAGCUUACUGUAAAUUAUUACAAACCCUUUGUUAGUUGGGGUACUUCUAAAAACCGGUAUAUAAUUGUGUCUAAUAGUGUAGCGCAUUAAUUGGUGCGAAUAAAUGUUUUUGUUCAUC